AUUUGGAGUUGUGUGUAGCCCUAAACAAGGGGAGUGAAAUCAACUUUCUUUUUCUCCCCAGGCUUGCUCGUGGGUCGACGUUGCUCGUGUCACUUGCCGGCAGUUUUGUCAAAGAUAAACUUAGUUUUCAAAGAUGGCUCAUCCACUUCUGUUCGAUUCCACAUGGACCCAGCAGUGGAAAUAUGAAUCUGCUGAGGCCUAUUACCAGCAGGUACUGUCCGGCGCAUCCGGAUCACCUGCAGGAAAGACGGGGGCCUCAAAUAAUCAAACUCAAGGCAGCACGUUAAAAACAGAAAUAGCACAGGCUCGUCAAAACAUCCAAAAAGCUUUGAAUGAAGGUUCCAGUGAGGCAGGUGGAGCAGCUGAUCCCCAGAUGGUGAACAGAAUAAAGGCCCUUGAGACAGAAAACUCCAACCUCAAGAAAGCCUCAGCAGACAUUACUGCCCUUGUUAAGAAGUUAGAGGCAAGAGUUGUGGCCCUUGAAAAGUCAGCCGGUGGCUCAUCACAAUCAGCACCCACUCCCGCUGAAUCCAAACCUGCUGAUGAUGACGAUGAUGAUGACUUUGACCCAUUUGGUGAUGAUAGUGAAAGUGAAGAGGAUGAGGAGACCAAACAGAAACUGGCAGCCUACGCAGCAAAGAAAGCAAAGAAGCCAGCACUGAUAGCAAAGUCGAGCCUGCUGAUUGACGUCAAGCCCUGGGAUGAUGAAACCGAUAUGAAGGAGUUGGAGAGAUUAGUCCGUACUGUCGAGAUGGACGGCCUUCUCUGGGGAGCUGCUAAACUAGUACCAGUUGGUUAUGGAAUCAAGAAACUACAGAUUAACGCUGUGAUCGAAGAUGACAAAGUCGGCACAGACCUCCUUGAAGAAAAGAUCACAGAAUUUGAGGACUUUGUUCAAAGUAUGGACAUUGCAGCCUUCAACAAGAUAUAGAGAUUAUUAUUGUUUUAGUUAUUUGCAAUCACACCAUACCUUUGACAUAUCGUUGACAGGAGAUAAUUUACCAUUCAUAUGGAAAAAGUGAUAAUAAACAUAAAGAGAUCUUUUAUUUGUUCCAUGUUAAAACUUCAAAGCAUCAAGUGCUGUUCAAAUUUACCAUUAUGUUAGCCAUCUGUACACUUUGUUUGAGAUGUAUUGAAAAGAAAUAUCGGUAAUAAAAAAAUAUAUCAAAAA